GCCCCUGCAGCCGGAAACCCGCGUGUGCUUCCCGUGCUUUCCCCUCGGGCGGCGCGGCCGGCGGGUCGCCGCCUUCUCCCCCGUGGCUUCUCGCCGGCGGCGGCGGCGGUGGAGGUGCUGAAGGGUCCCGCGGGUUUUCACAUGCAUGGAUAUCACCUGAAUAUUCUUACCAGAGCUUAGAUUGUGCACGAGCUUACCCCAACCAUGAGUGGCUCCAAACCUGAUAUUCUGUGGGCCCCGCACCAUGUUGACAGAUUUGUUGUGUGUGACUCGGAGCUGAGCCUUUAUCACAUCGACUCUGCUAUGAGUUCAGAACUCAAGGCAGGGUCCUUGCGGCUGUCAGAAGAAACUACGGCUACGCUGCUGUCCAUAAACUCGGAUACACCCUACAUGAAAUGUGUGGCCUGGUAUCCCAAGUACGAUCCCGAAUGUCUCCUUGCUGUUGGACAGGCCAAUGGCCGAGUGGUACUUACCAGCCUUGGUCAGGAUCACAACUCAAAAUCUAAAGAUUUGAUAGGCAAAGAGUUUGUUCCCAAACACGCACGGCAGUGUAAUACCCUGGCGUGGAAUCCACUGGAUAGCAAUUGGCUGGCUGCUGGCUUAGAUAAACAUCGGGCUGACUUUUCAGUGCUGAUCUGGGAUAUCAGUAGCAAAUAUGCCCCAGAGACUGCAGUUGCUACAGAGAAAGUAAGACUUUCAGCAGGCGACGCGGAAUCAGGACUGGUAGUAACAAAGCCCCUGUAUGAAUUAGGACAGAAUGAUGCUUGUCUCUCUCUCUGUUGGCUUCCACGGGAUCAGAAGCUGCUGUUAGCUGGAAUGCAUCGAAAUCUGGCUAUCUUCGAUCUAAGGAACACAAGCCAAAAAAUAUUUGUAAACACUAAGGCUGUCCAGGGAGUGACUGUUGAUCCGUAUUUCCAUGAUCGUGUAGCUUCCUUCUAUGAAGGUCAGGUUGCCAUAUGGGAUUUAAGAAAGUUUGAAAAGCCUGUUUUAACCUUGACAGAGCAACCAAAACCCUUAACAAAAGUUGCAUGGUGUCCAACAAGAACUGGACUGUUAGCUACUUUGACAAGGGAUAGUAAUAUCAUUAGGCUGUAUGACAUGCAGCAUACUCCCACCCCUAUUGGAGAUGAAACUGAGCCAACAAUAAUUGAAAGAAGUGUCCAACCUUGUGAAAAUUACAUUGCUUCCUUUGCCUGGCAUCCCACAAGUCAAAAUCGAAUGGUAGUAGUGACCCCCAACAGGACUAUGUCUGACUUCACAGUUUUUGAAAGAAUUUCUCUUGCAUGGAGUCCAGUGACAUCCUUAAUGUGGGCUUGUGGACGACAUUUGUAUGAGUGUACAGAAGAAGGAAAGGCUAGUUCCUUGGAAAAAGACAUAGCAACCAAAAUGCGGCUCAGAGCUCUGUCAAGGUAUGGUCUUGAUACUGAACAAGUUUGGAGAAAUCACCUCCUAGCUGGAAAUGAAGAUCCUCAGCUGAAAUCGCUUUGGUACACUCUGCAUUUUAUGAAGCAGUAUACUGAAGAUAUGGAUCAAAAACUUACAGGAAACAAAGGUCCCUUAGUUUAUGCUGGCAUUAAAUCAAUUGUGAAGUCAUCUUUGGGAACAACAGAGAACCUCAGGCACAGCAGGAGUGGAUCUGAUAGACAGGCAGAUAUUAUUCAAUAUCUGAGUGAGGAGAGAUACUUGGCUUUGCAGCUCUGUGGGUGGAUAAAGAAGGGAACAGACUUAGAUGUGGAACCUUUUCUAAAUUCAUUGGAACAGGAAGGAGACUGGGAACGAGCUGCUGCUGUAGCACUUUUCAACUUGGACAUACGGCGAGCAAUACAAAUUCUACAUAAAGGGGCUAUCUCAGGAAAAGGUGAUCUGAACCUUAACGUAGUAGCAAUGGCUCUGUCAGGCUACACAGAUGAGAAGAACUCACUUUGGAGAGAAAUGUGCAGCACUCUGAGACUGCAACUGAACAAUCCCUACUUGUGUGCAAUGUUUGCUUUCCUGACAAGUGAAUCUGGUUCAUAUGACGGUGUUCUGUAUGAAAAUAAUGUGGCUGUACGAGACAGAGUGGCAUUUGCUUGCAAGUUUCUCAAUGAUGCUCAGCUGAACAGGUUUAUUGAAAAGCUGACGAAUGAAAUGAAGGAGGCUGGGAAUUUGGAGGGAAUACUGUUAACAGGGCUGACAAAAGAUGGGGUUGACUUGAUGGAAAGUUAUGUUGACAGAACUGGAGAUGUCCAGACAGCAAGCUAUUGCAUGCUACAGGGUUCUCCAUCAGAUGUACUUAAGGAUGAAAGAGUUCAGUACUGGAUUGAGAACUACAGGAAUCUCUUAGAUGCUUGGAGAUUUUGGCAUAAACGUGCAGAAUUUGAUAUCCACAGGAGUAAGCUGGAUCCCAGUUCAAAGCCUUUAGCCCAGGUGUUUGUGAGUUGCAAUUUCUGUGGAAAAUCAAUCUCUUACAGCUGUUCAGCUAUUCCUCAUCAGGGGCGAGGUUUUAGCCAAUAUGGAGUCAGUGGUUCUCCAACUAAGUCAAAAGUUACAAGCUGUCCUGGUUGCCGUAAGCCCCUUCCUCGCUGUGCACUUUGCUUGAUAAAUAUGGGAACACCAGUUUCCAGCUGUCCAGGAGGAUCCAAGUCAGAUGAAAAAGUGGAUCUUAGCAAAGACAAGAAGUUAGCCCAGUUCAGCAACUGGUUUACUUGGUGUCACAACUGUAGGCAUGGUGGACAUGCUGGACAUAUGCUGAGCUGGUUCAGGGACCAUACUGAGUGCCCAGUUUCUGCCUGCUCUUGUAAGUGUAUGCAGCUGGAUACAACAGGGAAUCUCAUUCCAGCAGAGACUGUCCAGGCAUAAAUAUUGUUUGAAAAUAUGUGGCUCUCCAAUGGAUGUCCAUCAUAGUCCAAGCAUAUAUUUUAGACGAAGGUAAUUUGUGACUUACUGACUGGAAAAAAAAAAAAUAAAAUGCUAUCAAAUUAGUAAAAUUAUGUGUGUAUGAGUGUGCUUGGUAGAAACAGGUAUUCCUGAAGUGAGCCUCUGUAGUGUGUGGUCCUUAUUCAGAGGACUGAAGAAAAGCACUCCUGGAUUUGUGGACUCUUUGGAUUUACUGAAAUCCAAAGACCUUUUUCAGUAAAGUUUUCAGGAUAAUGCUGAUUGGCCCCAAAGCUGUGUUUAUAUGCUGUGAAAGUGGACCCUCAAAAUAAACACUUGGAAAGUGUCCUUCAGAAGAUGACAAAGUGAUGCUGUGGAUUCCUCUGUUCAUUGUUUGAUCACGCUUUCUUGUAUGCAAAUGAUGGUUUCCUCAUAACUUCAUUUAAAAUGCUACUGUUAACUGUAUUCUAAAGGUUUUUAUUUUAAAGAAAAAUCCAUUUCUUCCUGUCCCCAAGUUUUAUUCAUAGUAAAGCAAUGUCUUUGCAUUCAAGCUCUUAUUUAAUUUGCCUACAUACCUAGCUGAUGUGAAUUAUAAAGCUAAAGAAUUUGGGGGUUUGCUCUCCUAGCGAAGUCUGUAGAGAGGAGUUCCCUGAGUGAGAAGUCAUGUGUCUGUUUCACUGCAGAGUGCAGAUAAACUACAGGAGGUUUUUAGUUGAGUGAUUAAUUUAGUACUGUGGAGACCUGAAAUCUCAAGGACUGGAGACUUGUAAAUAUUUAUUUUAAACUACAUGCUGAGUUUUGACUACGAAAAUAUUUGAAGACUCUGAGAUAAUCAGGAUUUCAUUGUACUUCUGAAAUAUACUGGAAAGUGUGGAAUCAACCUAUAUAAAUCCUGCUUCUUGUCACCAGCAGACACUAGUCUGCUCCCAAAAGGCUGCACAAUUUUAAGUAAUUGAUCAGACUAGUUCUAGAUGAGUAACCAGCUGGAAUUAUUUAUUAACUUGAGAGAGCAUCAAUGGUAUUUUGUGCUAGGAGCUAAUUGGUAUUGUUGUCCUUGAUUUUGUAGGCAACAAAACUCACACAAAUUAGG